AUGGCCAUACAAUCUAGAAUAGCAAUCGUAACAGGCGGAAACAAGGGCAUCGGCUUGGCAAUCGUCAAAAACCUCGCUCUUCAAUAUCCAUCCUCACCACUUCGCUCCGGGCCACUGACCAUCUAUCUGACAGCCCGCUCCGCAGAACGUGGUAACGCAGCCGUAGAAACCCUUCUAUCCGAUCCUGCACUCCAGAAAGCCAAAGUCUUGUCACGAGAUGGCGGGGACUCGGAAAUCAAGUUUAGGGAGUUGGAUAUUAGUAGUGAGGAGAGUAUCAAGAAGUUCGGGGAGUUUGUGGAGAAGGAACACUCGGAUGGAAUUGAUGUUGUGGUUAAUAACGCGGGAAUUGCUUUAGAUGGCUUCAAUCUCGACGUCGUCAAACAAACCCUCCACACAAACUACCACGGCACGCUCCUCGUCUCGCAAACCCUGCUCCCUCUCAUCCGUCCAGGGGGGCGUCUCGUAAAUAUCGCCUCCAUGGCCGGGCAUCUCUCCAAAUACUCCAAGGACAUCCAAAAAUCUUUCCUCAGCGCCGCCGAUACCUCGAUCGACGCCUGCACCGCUUUAAUGGACAAAUUCACGGCCGAUGUGGCGGCUGGCAAGGAGAAAGAGGAGGGUUGGACGUCGGCGGCGUAUGCUGCGUCUAAGGCGGGCGAGAUUGCGUUUUCGAAGGUCCUCGCGAGGGAGUGGGAAGGCAAGGGAGUGCUGGUUAAUGCAUGUUGUCCUGGGUAUGUGAAGACGGAUAUGACGAAGGGGAAUGGCGCGAAGAGUGUGGAUGAGGGAGCCAGGACGCCGGUCAUGUUGGCGUUGGCGGAGUUGAAUGGGAAGGCUGGCGGGUUCUGGCAGAGCGAGAAGGAGAUUAAGUGGUGA